UCCCGUGGUGCUUCGCGGCGCGGGCGAUUUGUAGGUAAUGGCGGGUGUUUGGUCGCGGGAUAGUUGCAAAGAAUGCUCCUCCACCUGCUGUGCAUGUGGCAGCUGUGCGAGCGGCGACAAGGGCACGUGGAGCGAUCCCUCGUUAUUAAACCGGCGACUCUCGGAGGAUUCAAGCCGCCACACGCUGCAGCAGAAGUGGACGAACAUGUGGAACUCUUUGAGCGGGGACGCGUCUGUGGCCUGCGCAGAAAGGACGCAGCGCCAGGAGGCUGCGGAGCCCGCGGAGGAGGAAGACAGACCGCUGGUUUUUUUGUGCUCCAGCUGCCGACGACCACUGGGUGACUCAUUGAGCUGGGUGACCAGUCAAGAGGACACCAACUGCAUCCUGCUGCGCUGUGUUUCCUGUAAUGUUUCUGUGGAUAAGGAACAGAUACUAUCCAAACGUGAAAAUGAAAAUGGUUGUGUUUUGGAGACUUUGUACUGCACAGGAUGCUCACUCAAUCUUGGCUACAGAUAUAGAUGCACACCCAAUAAUCUAGAUUACAAGAGGGACUUGUUUUGCCUCAGUGUUGAAGCCAUUGAAAGUUAUGUUUUAGGGUCCUCUGAAAAGCAGAUUGUGUCAGAAGAUAAAGAGGUUUUUAAUCUUGAAAGCAGAAUUGAAAUAGAAAAUUCUCUAAAGCAGAUGGAAGAUGUUUUGAAAGCAUUGCAAACGAAGCUGUGGGAGAUUGAAUCAAAACUGUCCUUGACCAGUUGCAAAAGCUGAAACCUGUUCCAGGUCCAUGUGGACUCCCCCGCCGAUUAGAUAAUGUUUUUGUAUGUACCAAUUCUUGUUAUAAUUUACUUCACCUAGAACCGAGGGAGUUCUGAAUGGCUGUGUACAGUGUUUUCGCUUGUAUUGUUCAAAUGAGAGUAAUUGUAGAAUGACUUUUAUGGCUGUAUUUGGUGGUAAAGAGAUGAGUGUUUGAAUUUUUCUUUUUAAUUUUAAAGCCACCUUAAGAUACUUGCUGGAAAUAGAAUUUAGGAGUUUUUAUUCUGAUGAGAAACUGCCAUGAUUUUCUGAACUAUUUUCUCCUUUGUAUCAAAUUCAUUAUUCUUCAUUUCCUAUUUUUUAAAGCUUUAUUUCACCUUCGAUACUUAGAGUAAUAUGUAAUAUUGAAUGGUGAGAAAAUCUUAGCAGUUUUUCCACACAGUGUUGAAUCUUCUCUGAAACUAAUGCAUACAUCUCUGGAGAAAUGGGUCAGUUGAACUGUUUGUCAAAACUAUUUGAAAACUUGCACAAGAGCAGAAUAGCUUGUAUUCUAAAAGUAGAAUUCUCCUUGAUCUUGUUUAUUUUCUACCGUAUACCCCCCAAAUCUGGAAGAAUAUUUACCAAAGAGAGUAGUAGUUAUCUCUGGGAGUGGGAUUCUGGGAAGAUUUUCAGUUUUCCAGUUUUCUAUAAUGUAAGACUUACAGUAAGCACAUGUUAUUUUUAUAAUCAGGAAGAGAAUGAAGAUUAAAACAAAGUGCUUUAUGAUUGAUUUUUAUGAAACGGAAUUGUGGUAUUUAACGGAGCUCAGAAAUCCUGUGCCAGAAUUCCACACACUUGCUGGAUGUGGCACUCACUGUACCAGGCCUGCUCAGGAACAUAAAGGUAACCCCAAGUUCCCCAGACCCCUUUCUAUUUUGAGGUACAGAUGAAGCUACCUAACAGUAUUCAGUAUGUAUAAAUAACUCAAUUUUCACUCCGAAGUUCCCUAAUUAUUUCAGAGAAUAUUUAAAGUUAUCAUAACAAAAACUCCUAGGUCAAAUUGACUUGAUCAUUCACAAUUAUUAAACUCUUUUUGAUUGAUUGUCAGCAGCCUCCAAUAAUUUGAAGUUAGCGAGCCCUCUAGGUUCCUUCUCUCACAAACUUGGUAGAACAUGGUAGAGUGAAAACAAAUAUCAGCACCUGCCGUACAGUCAUCCUACCUCAGUAAGCUUGGCGAGGUCCCAAGAGUCUGUCUUCUUAGGUGCUUCGGUGGCACCUUGUGUGAGAGAGUAUUUUAACAGCAAGAUUCAGCUAACUUUCUGGUCGGAGCAGAAUCCUCCAGCAGUCAAUUUCAGGGCCAUUCAGAGAGGUAGGCAAUUUGCUUCCCUAAUUCUUUUUACCCUGUUCAUACAGGGGCAGGAUUUCUAACCAAUCCACACAUCUUGAAAACUACUUCUUUCACCAAUGAAAAGUAAUUUCUUAUAUCCGCAGUGCUAACUUAGGCUCUGUUGUGGGUCAAGAGAGAAGCAGCUCAAGUGCCUUUGUGGCUACUUCUGGUGUGGGCCUUUGAUGACCUUUCCGUGCAAACUCGCCGUCUCUGGCUUUAUAACUAGGGUCCUUCAGGUGAAGUUAACAGCAGCUUGCGGGGUGCAGAUAUAAAGCUCACACUCAUUUGAUUGAAAGUGUAUCUGUGUGCAUUUGCAUCACACUGAAACAUCUAAAAGCAAAUCCCAGGAAACAUCAUAUCUAUAUCUUUGGCUUCUUCCUGUGAUGUCACUGAAAGGGUGGCCUUGUCUUCACUGGGAGAGAGAUCCCCGAGGCUUCCACACUGCGCACCUCAAGGCGUCUAGGUGGGACCGCUCUGUCUUCCCUGUGCACUGCACUGACACUUACUUGCAGGAGGGAGCCUUUCCCCACGCUGGACCAACCUCUCUGGGGCCGCCUGUUUCUCUGAGGCCCAGCAGCCUUGCUUUUCUGGCUUGCGUGAGGUCUCAUCGGAACGCUGUUUUUUAAAAUUUGUCUUGUAUAUCUACAUAUUAAAAACUGCGACUUGA